GCGCCGGCCGCGGUGGGGGCGCUGCGGGCGCUGGCGGAGGAGCUGCUGUGGGUGGUGCUGCUGGCGGUGCGCAGCUGCCCCAGGGAGCCCGGGUCGGAGCUGCACGACCGGCUGGCCAGCCUGCUGCUGUCCAUCGUCGGGCCAGCGCUCAGGCCCGUCGCGCGCCGCGUGCUGGCCCCUGGCAGCGGCACCGCCCGCCGUCUCCGGACCGAGUUCCCGCGCCUGUGGGUGCACCUCGGAUUCCGCGAGUCGGACGACGCCGAGCCCCUGCACGCCGCACCGUGGGGCGAGGCGGAGGCGGCGACGCUGGCUGGCGAGCUCCGGGCGUGCCGCGACAAGCUGCUGAACAUGGAUCUCGCAAGUGGCGCGCUGGCGGGCUGA